CGACUCAGCCGACAGAUGGCGCAUGCGCAUUCAACUAUCUUCAAGAUCGGGAUCCUACGCAAUUAAAAGUUGAAAUGUUUUGUUUCGGUUAGGAACGGCGUUUGAAAUUACUGUGGUAAAACCGGCAUAACGCAACCAUGACAAGACGUGAAAGAGAAACUGAAAAGCAAUGUCCUUUGGACGCAAACAUUUAUGCUACCAGAAAAACUGUUGCUCAAGGUAUGUUGGAUAUUGCCCUUUUGACUGCUAAUGCUUCACAAUUGAAACAUGUUCUUGCUACUGCUGAUACGCAUGACUACUAUUUGAUCAAUCUGAUUCUCAUUGGAUCUUCCAUGACUUUACAGGUUUUAGUUGGAAUUCUUUUGGUGGUAGUUGGACGGUGGAACAUUAACAAACGAAAGGAACAAAACAUUGCUAACAUAACAAACAACAUAAUUGUCAUCAUUAUCUUCUUAAUUACUGUUGUGAAUGUACUCAUCACUGCAUUUGGAGAUGAUGAGCCGGAUUAUGUAACAAUCCGGCAACAGUGGGCUGAUCCUAACAAAAUUAUGAAUGAUCAUUCAUAUCAAGACAGAGAGCUGAAAGCAACUGGAACAUUAAACCAAUAAAAUAAUGGUAUUAAGGACUUAACUGUUCUGAGCUUAACAAUGAACUUUGAAAAUGUUGUUGAAAGUUGGCAGAUUUUACCUUCAAAAUUUUUAUGGGAUCUUUUCUGACUAAUAUUAGUGUUAUUUUUUAAAAAAAAAUUAAUUUAUUAGUGUUGUUGAAAUACUUUCACUCUGUUAUGUCAAGGAUUUUAUCAUUUGUAAAAUAAGUCUGUUUUUCUAACUCUUCAAAAUUAUUAUUAUUUUUGAUAAUGAACAAUAAAAACUGUGAUUUUUUUUUCUGA